GUCUUAUUUCGAGCAGACGACACACAGACGUCACUUCAACUACUACCUGUUGUGAAUGUACAAUGAGGAAGUUUGGUAUUUAGUCGUCUUGACUUUGCUAUGUUGAGUAACAGAUUUUAUAUACAGACAUAAUAGUGGGAGAUUUCCGUGUAACGAUCAAGCAUGUUUUCUUUAACCAGAAGGAGUAAACGUCCCUAUUUAUUAUGUCUAGCCCUUGUUUUGUUAUUCCUGGUGUCAGCACAACUCAGCCUUAAGUCAUCUUCCAAAACAAUACGUGUUAGUGACCCAGAAAAUUUCGGUGCUCUAUUUGGUUCUGGACACAGAAAUAGUUUUUUGAAAAUGCAAAACUACCAUAAUAUGGCGAUGGAUGAUCCGGAAUUGCUGAAACUAGUGAAAUCCUCGAUUUUUCAAUAUCCUUCAAGCUCUACUUACAAUUUGAGCGACACAUCAAUAAUGGAUUUUUCAAGAGGUCAAAGCCGUAACAUUGACAAGGCAAAUGGCCAAAAGGAACGGGGUUAUUUUGUUGAUAUUGGUGCUGGCAAUGGAGAAACAGGAUCCGUAUCUCUAUAUUUUGAACGUGAAAGACACUGGACGGGUUUGCUGAUAGAGCCUAGUUUAGAGUUGUAUAACCAAAUGAUCAAUAAACAUCGCCAGGCUGUAACGGCUAACGUAUGCGUUAGGAUAAAUGCCACUUUGGAUGGCAGAUUUUUAAAAGACCCAACCACUACAAACGUGACACCAUGUUUAUGGUUAAAAACGUUACUAGAGGCAACAGAAAGAACGGAAAUCGACCUUUUAAAUAUAGAUGUAAAAAAUGAAGAGCUCAACUUAUUAAAAACGGUUCCUUUUGAUCAAAUUAACAUGAAGUUUAUCUCCAUAGCAAUUUCAAUGGAAAUGCCAAAAAGUGGCGUUUCGGACAUUAUUACUUUUUUAGGUGGUAUGGGAUUCAAUGCAAAUACUCAAUUUGAUAACCAUGUUCAACACACACGGGAUAUUGUGUUCGAACAUAAAUAAGUUGCGUUGUAAGGUGACCUUGCAUUAAUACCCUUUUGUGCCACUCAAAUGUUCCUAUCAGAAAAUAAAGUUGGAUACAGUUUAAUAAUAUGAUGCUGUGGAUUAUAACUGGUUAUUCAAUAGAAUCAACUCGUCUUAGACCCAUGCCAUUUAUACCCGGAGUGGAUGUCGAUCAGCAAAAGCGUGAAUUAGCCUCAAAAGUGUGUGUCAAUGGCAGGAAACUAUAGUUCAGAGACACCCCUUUGAUGGCAUCUAUAUGUGUCACAGACAAUUAAAUUAUCAAAGUAAGUUGUUGGUUUUAUCGCGCACUACCAGCCUUUCAACUUUUAAAUAAAAAUUCAUGCAGGUAACGGUUGCAUUAAAUUAAAACGUGGGUGAUAACUAGGGUGUAAGUGUAUCCGCUGGUUGAUAAUAGUCAAUAUACAACUGGCGGUAGUUUUUCUUUGAUGUCCAUAGCAGUUAUAUCUCAUAACAACCUGUCAUGACGUCAUCAUAGGUUGAUAUAAUUACUCGGUUCAUAUCAACCGCUGAUGACGUCAUGACAAGUUGAUUUUUUUUUAUAAACAAUACUUUUAUUCAGGAUGUCUGAAUGGGAUUGGGGAACAGGCUUAGCCUAUGUAAAACCCCUCUCCCUAGAUACAUAGUAUUAAAACAAAGGAACAAAAUGGGUGUACAUGUAUAUACACAGUUAAAAUGACAAACACAUACAUAUAUAAGUGUAAAUACAUAUAAUGAGAUGGAUGGAGAAUGUAUAAUAUAUACUAUAUGUUACAUUGUUACGUAAAUUUAAAAUUAAUAUUGUAAAUUAAACAACUAGUAAGCGAGAUUAAAAUCUGUUUGACAUAUCAAUAAACUUGUGGACUUGGU